AUGGCCAUCCCUCGCACCGUGUCACUCAUAUCGCUCAUAUCACUCCUCGUCCCGGUUCUCGCCACGGCUGUCAAUGCCGCCGCGAGCAACGGCGACGGAUCCAGAGUGGCUGAACACCAACGUGCGCUCGAUUAUUCAGGACAUGGUGGUAAUGGACAUGGUCUUGGAGAGGACGAGAGGGAGGAGCAUGAGCGUGAGAAGAAACUCCGUCUCUCGGCCGUUCUCAACGAACCAGAUCCGCCUUACCACGCCAUCGUACAAUGCUGGGAACUAUCUCCUUGGUUCGUCUCGUAUCCCACGACCGGGCGCGCCUUGAGUCUGGGAGACACGGCCAACGCGACGUAUGUUGUUCUCCCGCCUCGUGGAGGAGAAGGCUGGCAUCGACCACCGAGUCCCAUGUUCUUCGUGCUGCUCUCUGGUUUGGCGCACGUAAAGACAUAUCCUCCUGCUCUUCCGGGCCUGGCUGCCGAACGAGACCAACAUCCAUCGCAGAACCAGGACGUCGAAGGCGGCGGCCACGACGACGAUGACGACGAUGACGAACCCACAGAGUCAUUGUUCGUCGUAUCUGGCGUCAACCCACUCAUCAUCGCCGUCGACACCGAUCUUAGAUCACCCGGACACUUGACCUUUUACCCCAGUGAGGUUGAAACGGUGGCGCUGCAGGUGCCGUUCAAGGAUGGGAGGAUCCCGGAACACGACGUUCUGUACGAUGGACCGUGUCGGAGGUGA